UUCGAACAGCGUGCUGGUCAGGUCGUUAACGAGGUAUAUACAGUUUUAAGAGCGAGCGAGCGAACGAGCGAAAGAGAGAUAUACCAAAUUACAAAAAGCUAAUAAAACUACAAGUGCAACUAGCAAAACAAAAAGCUGCAGCAAAUUAAACUUAAGCGCCAAGCACUUAAAUAUUAUAACCAUAAUUAAAAACAAUAUACCAGUUAUAAAUAUAAAACAAUAAUUGAACAAACUGUGUUAAGCAAGUACUUAAGCAACAAACACACAAAGUACUUAAACAACAACUAAUUAUAACAAAUCAAAAAAAACAAAACAAAAAAUCAACAACCAAUUAUAUAAAAACAAAUUGAGCGCUAUGAAGAAGCUGUCCUUAAAUAUGUGUUCCCGCAACAUUAAGAUCUCGGUGGUGCUGUUUCUUGUCAUGAUACCCAUAUUCACAGCUUUGCCCCACAAUCACAAUCUAUCAAAGCGCAGUAAUUUUUUUGAUCUGGAAUGCAAGGGCAUCUUUAACAAGACCAUGUUCUUUCGCCUGGAUCGCAUAUGCGAGGACUGCUAUCAGUUAUUCCGUGAGACGAGUAUACAUCGACUAUGCAAGGCUAAUUGUUUCGCCCACGAAACCUUUGGAGAUUGCCUUAAAGUGUUGCUCAUCGAUGAUGAGGAAAUUGUUAAGCUGCAGCAAUAUCUAAAAGUCAUCAAUGGCUCACCCUAUCCCUUUCACAAGCCAGUUGUAUACAAAUAGAGAGCUUUAUGUAUUCAUUUUG